AUGUCUGGCUCAGCAGUUACCAACGGCGUACCCGAGAUCAAGUCGAAAGUGGUGGAAACACCAGUCCUCAUCGUCGGCGCGGGUCCAGCUGGGGGUUCGUUGGCCUGCUUUCUCUCUCAUCCACCUUACUCGAUGACAGGCAUCAUGAUAGCUGCUGCUGCUACGACAUCACAGACACCGAGGGCGCACAUUACGAAUCCCGCCGCCUUUGAAUGUCUUCGCGAUAUCGAUUUGGAACAAACGUGUCUUUCCCAGGCCGUCGAGGGCGACUGUAUGGUGCACACCCGCUGGUGCCAUGAUAUGACCGGUGAAGAAUAUGCUCGAAUCUAUUCCUGGGGCAAUGACCCGAAAAGACACGGCGAAUAUGAAGCAGCUACUCCCUGUCAUCACGUCGACUUGCCGCAAACGAUUUUUGAGCCGAUUCUGGUUCAAAGAGCUGCAGCCCAAGGCUGGGAUGUCAGAUUCCGAACCAGCUUCGUCAAUUUUGAGAAGGAGGCCGACGGAAAGAUCCUCAGCCGAGUUAAAGACGAAUUGACAGGGACCGAAUACUACAUUCGCUCCCAGUAUCUUUUUGGCUGUGAUGGAGCAAGGAGCCAAGUCCUUCGAGAGCUCAAGAUCCCUUUGAUCAAGAAGCCUGGUCAGGGAUUGGCCUUGAAUGUCUUGGUCAAAGUCGAUCUGAGUAAUUAUGUCGAGGCUAGAAAGGGAAACCUGCACUGGGUAUUUCAACCCGAGCAGGAAUAUCCAGAUUUCGCCUGGAGCGGACUGAUCAGGAUGGUCAAACCAUGGAACGAAUGGAUGUUCAUUCUCUUUCCCAAGCCUGGGGCAGAGUGGAAAGAGCCCACUCGCGAGCAAUACCUCCAAAGAUGCAAACAAAUCGUGGGCCGGGACGAUCUUCCCUUGGAAAUCCUCGACGUCUCCAAAUGGUACAUCAAUGAGAUUGUGGCAGAGUACUACUCCGAAGGAAACAUCUUCUGCCUCGGCGAUGCUGUGCACAGACAUCCUCCAUUCAAUGGCCUCGGAUCCAACACCUGCGUGCAGGAUGCGUUUAACCUGGCAUGGAAGAUCAAAUACGUCGCUCAGGGUCUCGCGUCUCCCGCAAUUCUCGACACCUUCAGUCACGAACGGCAACCUGUCGGCUUGGGCGUGAUUACCCGCGCGAAUCAGGGUAUCCGAGAUCACGUCCCUGUCUGGAGAGAAAUGGGUCUGAUGGAAGAAACAGUCGAGCAGAGAAUGAAAAUCUUCAACAGUUUGAAAACAGCAACACCCGAGGCUCGAGAAAGGCGAAAACGGGUGAAUGAAGCGAUUGAAGGGACAAGUCACGAAUUCCACGGUAUCGGCGUCGAAAUGAAUCACCGAUAUGAAUCGACGGCCGUGUACCUUGACGAUGAAGUCAAGGCCAACACACCAAAGCCCGAAUGGCCAGAAGAUCCAAUUUUGCAUCAUAAAGUCAGCACUUACCCGGGCCAUCGACUUCCUCAUGCAUGGCUAAAUCGGACGAUGCCCGUGAAGAACCACACCUCGACGAUCGAUUUGGCUGGACAUGGACAAUUCUGUCUGCUGACUGGUAUCGGGGGCGAGAGGUGGAUUGAGGCCGCACAGAAGGUCGGCAAAGAGCUUGGAGUGGAGAUUAACGCCCACGCCAUCGGAUGGGGACAGGAAUGGGUCGAUGUCUAUCGAGAUUGGGAGCGUAAGAGAGAAGUUGAGGAAGAUGGAUGUGUCCUCGUCAGACCCGACCGAUUUGUUGCGUGGCGAUCAAUGAGCCUACGGGAUGACUGUGCUGAGAAGCUGGGCGAAGUCUUGAAGAAAGUUCUCGGACGGUCAUAA